GUCUCACAACGUACACGUCAACCUGAAGCUAACCUAUUUAUUUAGUUGUAACGUCAAACAAAAUUGAAGUGUUUGGUUCGUGGAGUGAGUUUUAGUCGGCUUGGCGCCAGUAACUUCAGCAGCAGCUUACGUCCCACUGCCCUCAUAAAAGUUGUCUGGUCAAAACAAAAGUGUUAUGCGGAAUAUACUGUUUCUUAAUUUAAUUUUAUUUUGGUCAUAAGAAGGCCUCACACAUGCAGACCAUUCUAAAAGUGUUCAAUGGCUGCUAUAGACAAGGUGAAGGUUCUUUUAGUAGGAGAUUCAGGUGUGGGAAAGUCAUCACUGACUCACUUAGUGUGUCACAAUGAGCCCAUAAGCAACCCGUCAUGGACCGUUGGCUGUUCCUUAGAAGUAAAGCUGCAUGAGUAUGAAGAGGGCACACCCAAACAGAAGACAUAUUUCAUAGAACUGUGGGAUGUCGGGGGUAGCAGCAGUCAUCAAAAUGCUCGUGGUGUCUUCUACAACUCUGUCCAUGGUAUUAUUUUGGUGCAUGAUCUGACAAAUCGCAAGUCUCACCAAAAUCUGCAGAAGUGGUUAGCUGAAAUCCUCAAUCGUGAAGGUGGCUCCAAGAAGGAAGAUUUUGACCCAGAACAUUUUGUGGGCUCCACUCAGAUUCCAAUUCUUGUGGUAGGCACCAAGUCAGACCUAGUCGCUCAAAUCCGUAACAACAAUCAGCCAAGGUCUUCUUUCAUUGCAGAGGAAUGUGGAGCAGAUGAAAUAUUUGUUGAUUGCAGACAAAGACGAGCAUUUGCAGCUGGUACAACAAAUGCUGUACGAUUGUCCAGGUUUUUUGACAAAGUCAUAAAACUUCGUUACCAUUCAGGAAACUCACUGGGACCAUUCUCUCCCAACGCACGCCGUAACCCUGCUUCCACUUACAGUUCUCCUUCUUCCUACAACUCAAACUCUACCUACAAUUCUCCCGUAGCCUACAACUCUCCUCCCUCCUACCAACCAACGUCAGGUUACCACCAGUCCACUGUCUACCCCUCAUCCCUCUCCUACAAUAAAUCUCACCACAACGACUGACACACAAAGUAUGUGGAAUUUGCAUUUCCUCAUUUUAUCAGUAAGACUGUACAUAAAAUACAAUUUACUUUAAGUGCAUAUAAGUUUCCUAAUAAAACGAUAAAAAGUAAAA